CGUCCGCCUUGACGGUGACCAUUGAAGGAAAACGGAGCAGAGGAGCGAAACAUGGCGACUUCGAACAAUCCGCGGAAAUUCAGCGAGAAAAUCGCUUUACAUAACCAGAAACAGGCAGAAGAGACGGCAGCGUUCGAAGAAGUGAUGAAAGACCUCAGCAUAACCCGGGCGGCGAGGUUACAGUUGCAGAAGACCCAGUAUUUGCAGCUGGGACAGAACCGUGGGCAGUACUACGGAGGAUCAUUGCCAAAUGUCAAUCAGAUUGGAAACAGCACUAUUGAAGUGCCUUUUCAGAAUUCAGGGCUGGACACAAACAGAACAACACGACACCACGGUUUGGUCGACAGAGUCUACAGAGACAGGAACCGUAUCACAUCUCCCCACCGGAAACCUCUGUCUAUCGACAAACAUGGACGCCAGAUUGACAGCUGUCCAUAUGGUUCAGUAUAUCUGUCACCACCACCUGAUACCAGCUGGAGGAGGACAAACUCUGACUCGGCACUGCACCAGAGCACACUGACUCCGGCACAGCAGGCCUCCUUCACCGGGGGAUCACAGGAGCUCCAACCGAAACGAGUUCUCCUGCUGACUGUUCCAAUGUCUGAAGCAAUUAAGCAAGAGGUUGAUGAAGAUGGGCAAAAACAGAACUGGGAAUGCAAAAAGAAUGUUUCGAGGUCAAAGCCCUGCAAAGUCCCUGGGAUACACAUAUUUCCGUCUCCGGACCAGCAGCUGACUGCUUCACUAAAACCAGCAGCCCACAAUACUGGCGGUUCACUGCCUGACCUGACCAACAUCCAAUUCCCUCCUCCACUGCCCACUCCGCUGGACUUAGAGGAUGCAGCUGCCGCCUCGUUCAGCUCCUCUAACAGCACACAGCCUCUGGCUAACACACAAGGAGUGAACGCCUCUCAGUCCGCAGUAACCAUGGAAAUGCAGCCUGGGCAGGACAACAUGGUUCCUCUCAUCUUAAACGCAGGAGACUCCCACCAGCAGCCGCCCAUGCAGCUCUCUCCCACAUCUCCACCUCUCACUCUCUCUCAGGCGGCCAUCAACGCCAUGAACCUUGAACAGCAGCUGUCCCAGUAUGCCUUCUUCAACCAGCAGCCGUCAACCCAGACACACCAGAGUCAACCACAAACAGGCCUGGUCCAGCUGCCGUCCUCCGUGAACUCCUGCUCGACGCCAGACAACCAGACGUCUUCACAAACCAACAUGACCAUGGACAUGAACACGGCCUCCUCCCUCCAACAGUACCGCAGUAGGGUUGGAUCCUCUGCCAAUCAGUCUCCAACCUCCCCCGUCUCCAAUCAAGGCUUCUCACCCGGAGGCUCGCCUCAACAUAACUCCAUACUGGGCAGUGUGUUCGCAGACUUCUACGACCAGCAGCUCCCCUGCAUCCAGGCCAGCGCUCUCUCACAGCAGCUGGAGCAGUUCAACAUGAUGGAGACUCCCAUCAGCUCUGACAACCUAUACAACCAGACCUCCACCCUCAACUACUCCCAGGCGCUUAUGAUGGGUUUAACCGGUGGGCACUGCAACAUACAGGACUCGCAGCAGCUGGGCUACAGUAACCAUGGCAACAUUCCCAACAUCAUUCUCACAGUCAGUGGAGAGUCUCCGCCCAGUCUACCGAAAGACCUGACAGCGUCCCUGCCCUCAGACGUCAGCUUCGAUGUCGACUCCCAGUUCCCGCUGGACGAUCUGAAAAUCGACCCACUGACACUCGAUGGCCUGCACAUGCUCAAUGAUCCCGAUAUGGUCCUCGCCGACCCGGCCACAGAGGACGCAUUUCGCCUCGACCGGCUCUAACCCCCGCCGUACACUCACGCACAGGUGUGUGGACACUACUGCCGCUCUGAGUUGACAUCAGACAGGAUAAAACCAGGAGGAGCGGGUUUCUGGAGUAAUCUGGUGGCGGUCCAGCAGUUCCACACGACCACUGACUAACCCAACAAACCCUCGAAGACGUGAUUAGAAGAAAUAUCAGUGCUACCAGCCAUCCAUCUUCUCAGAACCAGAAAGAUGGUUCACCACUAAUGACGUACAUGUUAUGGAAUGAGUCCUGUUUAUGGUUAUUUUCCUACUCUUUGCUAAUGACACAUCUCUUUUGAUUUAUUUUUAGAUGCCCAGUUUUUAGAAGCACUUGUUUGAGGAAGCUUGAUACAAAAAAAAAAAUAUAUAUAUAUAAAUAUAUAUAUAUAAGUAUAAUGUGGGCAGAAGGAGCCGAGUCUUUGUGUUUAUAACUGACUGAAUGAGUUACAGUAAAGCUGCGUUUCCAUCACUGGAACCAGGAACCUUUGGAAGAACUCAGUUUGCAUCACAGGGAUCAGGGUCUAAGUUUAGUUGUGUGGUCUUUCUUUAAUAGUUCAGGAAUUUUGGGUGUAAACAUUUCUAAUUGGUUUCACUUUAGCCACUGGUUUUAAAAAGCCCUAGCUCUUUUUCAACCUAUUACUGUAGAGUAGGAGGGAAAAAGCAUGCGAUGGUCAGCCCAAAUUCCAGGCGUUAUUGUCUUUACAUCCUUUAAGUUCCUGGGAUUCAAUUUCUGGUAACAUGGAACCAAACACAUCUUCCUGAUUGUAAUAUUUCAUUUAAAUCCGCCCGCUGAUUUCCUAGAUCACAAGCACAAUCAUAAGUUCUUAUUUGACUCAGUUCAGGUUGGAACCAAACCGCAUUGUGUCAAACCAGUCAAUACGAUGACUUCUCUAAACAUACAAUACGUCUUUUGAACAGAACAAGAACGAACAGCUACACUUAAGACCCUCAUUGAUAAGAAGGAUGUGUUUAACAUACCAACUCUUGUUCUUCUUACAUGAUUGGGUAACAUUCAUUUACCUGCUGGUCAGUGCUCUGAUUGGCUGUAAGUUUAUCCAGUCUUCUUGGAAGUAACCAGAGAGGCUCCAGACAAAUUCAGACUAGAGUUCUGACAGUAAACGUUCCAGUCACUUUGGAUGGAAAUGUGGUUUAUGUCUGCAGAGAAAGCAUUUACACUAAAACUCUUACUUGUUAACAUAAAGUAGCUUGAUGAUAAGAGGAAACCACUCUUAGUUAGGGAUGGGAAUUAAUACGAUUUUAUCGAUACAAAUCCCAUUAUUGAUUCUGUGGGGAAAAGGAAACCUGCCCUGGGUAAAUAAAAAAGACAACUUUUUACCUCCUAAAAUAAUACUUUCAACUCUUUCUUUGCUAAACCCAAAAUGCAUAUUAUUCUUAUGCAUUCCACAGUUUGGAACCACUUCUUGAUUCCCAUCCCUACUUUUGGUUUUUGGUCGUUCUGUGAAGUUUUUACGUCCCUCUGUGCCAAGACGAUUGUUCUUCAUGUACAUUCAAUUAUAGUAUUAAUUCAGUGCAAAUUCCUGUGUCGUUUUGGCAAAGACGCCAAAACCAGACCCCAAAUUUCCUCUUAAAUCGUGAGUGUCAGAGUGAUUUUGCCACCAAAGUUACUUUAAGAACUGCUGAAUUUUAAUUUCAUCAUAGUAAAUAGCAGUCAUCAGUUAUGCAUGAAAUCACAAAGCACUGUGCAUACUUGUUUUGCCUUAAUAGUUUGACAUUUUGGUUUUCAUGCAAAGAUGACUAUUAUAUAAAUGGAAAAAUGUAUUACCUGUUGAGUAAUUUUUCAUGUUUUACAGGUGGUUUGGCCUAUAUAAUUCACAGUUGUGUUUCUGUAGUUGUAUUUUUGAGGCGUGCUGAUCUUUAUUCAAAAAUCUAUUGUCACUAACAUUCAGUUUUUCAUAUACAUACAUUAAUGACUAAAACCUAAACAGAUAAAUGACUUCUUUGUUAUGAAAUAGAUGUUUACAGGCUUGUUUUGUUUUAUAUUUUACAUGUACAGAAUGUGAUUAGAUUUGCGUAAUGGUAUCUAUGCAAAACUACAGCGAUUGAUUUAGGACUGUAAAACAAAACCGACAAAAUUAACCCUUAUAAAGAUGAAGCAAAUGUGCAAAAUUCUUAUAGAAUGCACAGCGACGGUGCCAUGUUAUAUUUCUUUUGAUACUUUAAAGACAUUUUUCUUUUCAGAUGAAUACGGUGUAAGGAAAAAAAAAAAAAAAAAAAAAGGCUCGGUGAAGUGUGGCAUAAAAUAGCAACUGAAACUCCUGGAUUUUUUUCCCCAAAGAUGUGACCUCAGUGUAGUUGAAAUAUUUAUAUUUUUCCAAACAAUUGAACUGCCUCUAUACUAGAACAGCAUUGUUGAUGCAAUGAGAAUGUAUUUAGGUCACAUCUGUACAGUUGUGUUGUUUCCAUCUCAUCAUCCUUGUCGCCUCUUGUAUGGUUUUAAUGUACUGUAGGACCAAAUAUGUUUGUUAAAAAUGUACCCAUCAUGUUUUUUCUGUGGAACUACACUCCCACCACGCUGAAUAUUCCCAGUUCUUUUUCUUGCUCAUGUUGUGUGUGCCCUUUAUCAAUGUGUUGGUUGUCUGUCUUGUGUGUUUUGCAUUUUUAUCGCUUUGUGCAUUUGCUCUUUAAAAGUCCUCUGUGAAGUUUGCGUGUGGAUCAGUGAGUGGAUGCAGAACGUCCACUCACUGCCCUGCCCCAUGUUUCACUUUGUUCAUAUUGCACUUUAUGCAUUUAUUUAAAACACAAAUUUAUGAGAGUUUAUAUACCAACACCCCCCCUGUGACUGUUACUGUAUGUGCACUGGACCUGUUCGCCCUGUCUUUGAUUAAACUUGCCUUCUUGUAAAAAAAAAAUAUAUAUAAUAUUAAAAAAGCUAAAUUAAAUGACAGUUAUUUUUGGAAGAACUCAUAUACAGAUCGUCUAUUUAAAAGAGCUGAGUUUCUAAUCAGUGAGUAUUUUGUUAGCCGUCUGCUGUUACACCGUUGUUUCCUAAAUUUUGGUAAUCUAGUCUACAUUUGUAUACUUGGGCAGUGGUGAUUAAAGGUGUCUGUAUAACUGACCUACAUGGUCUUAUUCCUGUGCUGCAGCUCUCUGUGCUAUUGAUGGCGUGUUUUAAUAAAUAACUUUACUAGGAACUGUUUUUAAUCACUAAUUGGCCAGUUUUAGUGUAUCAUUAAAAUUGUUCCAGACACAUUUUUAGUGAUUUCUCAGAUAAAAUUUGCAGUCACAUCACAAAAAUGUACUAGAUGGAAUCAAAAAGUAUUUUAUUAAAUUUAUACGUAACUCAGUCCAGUUUUGAAUAUUCUUUUUAAUUAAUAUAAGCCCAUAAAAGAGAGCAUUCUUUCUUUUCUAGGACACUAUAUAACCAUUCUUCAUGUAUAUUUUCCACACUGUAUUUUGUAGCUGCGAUGUUACAUCCGUUGAUGUAUGUCAAGGUCCUCCUGUGCCCGCAUAUUUCACUGUUAUUUUCAUACAAUGUCAAUCUGAAAUGUUGUGAAAAUGUGAUCGAAUUUAAGCUUUUCAUUUUCAGGUUUUUUUCUGUAUCUUUUUUUAAAUACUCUAAGGUUGCAUCAUGCUUUUGAAUUAUGAUGCAGUGUUUUUUUGGUUUAUUUCUCUUGUUUUUUUUCUAUUUUAAUAACUUUGUGACAGCAUGACUUAUUUCUGAGGAUAUUUUCCCUGUUAUGGCUUGCUUUUUUUUUUAUUAUUUCUUUCGAAAAGACGGGGUCAGCUUUGUCUAAGUGUGUUGUUUUUUUUCUUGUUUGGUGAUACUGUCUUUUGUCUCAUUAUUUCAGCAUCAUGUGUAGGCUAUGUAACCGCUAAAUGGAGCCUAAAAGCAUCAGAAAUAUGGUAAUCAGCCUUUUUACGCACAUGUACACGCUGUUGUUUGGUACUAUGUUUUACACUGCAAUAUACUGUAUGUGCUUAUUUUCUGUGCAAUACCCACAGAGUUUUGAUUAUGUCAUGGUAAAUCUAUAGAGUAGCUUUGUAUAUUGCUAUAUGGUAGGAAUAAUGUUUUUGUGCUUUAUGUGAUAUGAUGUCAAAGUGAGAAAAUGCACUGAGAAAUCCUGUGCUGCAAUAUGUCAUUGUGGCUCUAUAUUCUCUGCUGGACCUCAGACUUUAUAGUGAGCCUGACAUCUUUGUAGGUCCAUUCUUCUGUUUUUGGUAUUUUCUUUUCACUCUUUUUGUGCUCAUGUAGAUAGCUCUGAUGUAUCGCCUGUUAUGCCACCUUUUAUGCAUCAGCAUUCAUUGGUUUAGUACCAAUGUUUACUAGACAAGAGUUUACAAGAGAGCAAUGUUGGUUUUUCUCUCAACCGAAUCACAGACUACAUGUUAGCCACUUGCUGUGUAGUUUAGCAAAUGAUUUAGCUUUCUAAUAACCAGAAUUAACUGAGAAUCCAUUAUGUAAUUUCAAUAAUAUGAACACACAAUUCUCCACAAGUGUUAUGAUAUUUUCUGUAUCAUGAGUUUUGGAAGUUAUGUUAAUAAUUUCAACUUAACCUGUAUGCGUUUCAAGGCCCUGAAAGCACUUUUCUGAUUAUUCACACUUAAUAUGAGCAGCUCUGUGCUGUCGUUUUUACCUGGACAAGCUGACUUGAAUUACAGUAGGGUAUGGGAAUAAAUAAGAUUUUAAUGAUAGUUUAAGACAUUUUAAAGCAAAUCAGUAAUGUUAUUUCUAGUCUUUCUUUUCUUGUUAAAACAACAGGUGAACCAAAAAGCCAAAGUUCAAAAUAGCCAUAAAUAAGAACAGAAGUAAGAAUAUAUAAUGUGUCCCAACUGUCACUAGUGGAGUAUGAAUUAUUACAUAAUCUAUGACUUUAUCAAUGCAUUGUUUACAUUGAGGAUAGUUACUGAAAUUAUAGCAGCAUAAAGAGACGUGACUGAUAUAUACUUCCCGGAAAUUUCUUUUCUGCAUGAUACUGAAUUUAAAAAAUUUAGACAUUUUUGUUAAAUCAAAAGCAUUUAGUUCUGAGUAUGUUUUAUAAAUCUGCUGUCAAACACUAUAUACGUACAUAGUCUGAGGAAUAAGCAUUAACAUACAGCAUGAAAUGCAGUCACAGAUCCACAUACUGUAUCUGCUAUUUCUAUAGAUAUAUAAAUAUAGGUUAUGUAGGUUGACUUUGUGACACAUGUUAAAACGGAAUGAAUCAGGAGGAUGAGAUAGACUCAGGAGUCUAUGGAUGCUUUGUGUACAUUUUGAGGGCAGCCUUCUGCUGGUUCAAACCUCAUACAAUGGCAGCUAAAUUGUUAUAAAAUGUAUUUUGUUUCUGAGUACAGUGAUACUAAUUCAAACAGUGCACGUGCAUUUUACUGCCGUUCGGGGUGCAUUAUGUUCCUAUAAGUUCAUAAGGAACACAGCAACGGGAAACAUAUUAUGCUCUUAGAAUAUGCAAGAUUUAGCAUUCUGCAGCACAGCUUGGCAAGGUGGUACUUUGUUGAGCUAACCCUUUAAAAGUGACUGGUUCAAACAUUGUUCUUCAAAUCGUGUGUUUUCUAAUUUCACUGUCAAAUCGGACCAAAAGAAUCCAAGUUGGCUGUAAAUGUGUGCUAUAUUUAAGAUGAAAUAUGCUUCUGUUUGAACUGUACCUGAUGUAUUUUUUCUUGUGUGAAGGCUUCAGUCUUUGUAUCUUUGCAUUAUUAUUUGUAAAGGAAAUUAAAACAGAUAUAUCUGAGUAAGCAAA